UGUUGUUCCACCUCACGCGGGCUGGCGGAGGAGAAAAACACAGCGCGAACGAGUGAAGAUCGUCACCAUGGCGACAGCGAUUUAUCUCGAACAUUAUCUCGAUAGCAUUGAAAACCUGCCCUGUGAGCUCCAGAGAAACUUCACACUCAUGCGGGAACUCGAUAACAGAGCGGAGGAAAAGAAAUCCGAAAUCGAUAAGCUUGCAGAAGAAUACAUUAAAAACGUCCGAAAUCUGGCUCCGGAUCAGAGAGUGGAGCACCUGCAGAAGAUUCAGAACGGAUUCAGCAAAUGCAAAGAAUACAGCGACGACAAAGUGCAGCUCGCCAUGCAGACGUACGAAAUGGUGGACAAACACAUCCGAAGGCUCGACGCCGAUCUCGCUCGCUUUGAGAAUGAGCUGAAGGAAAAGUUGGACGUUAGCGGCUACGAAAGUCCAGACAACAGAACGGCCAAGAAGGUAGGAGGUCGAGGAAAUUUAAAGGAAAAACGCCGGCCGAAAGGAAGAGGACGCAAAUCAUCAGAUUAGGACGAGCAGAAUGACAAAAAGAAAAUGAAGAACAGCCCUGAGUUCUCCGAAUCCAUCCUUCCCGUUCACCCGUCAGACGUCUUAGACAUGCCCGUCGACCCCAACGAGCCCACAUACUGCCUGUGCCACCAAGUAUCAUAUGGAGAAAUGAUCGGAUGCGACAACCCUGAUUGUCCCAUUGAGUGGUUUCACUUCGCCUGUGUUGAUCUGACAACGAAACCCAAAGGGAAAUGGUUCUGUCCACGAUGCACCCAGGAUCGAAAGAAAAAAUGAGAUGCACAUUUGUAACGUUGAGAGAUUACAUUUCUAUAUGAAUAUAUACGUAUGCAUAUAUAUGUAUAUAUAUAUGUAUUUUGUCUAAGUAGUAAAAUAGGAUAAUAUAUACUCCUUUAUAUGGCCAUGAUGAAUUAUAUGAGGGUCGCGAGGAAACAAAGUUUUUAUUUUUCAAAGUACUUGAAAUGUUUCCAUUUGUUUAAGUUUCAUUCUGUGUUGUCGAAUUGUCAUUUUCAGACAAUCUAGGAUAUAUUAUAUAUGAUAUAUAUAUUUUUCUCUUUACUUACUGAUUAGUAUGUAUUUUAUUUUUACGACGCUUCAAGCAACUAUCAUGUCUGUGUGCUUUGCUCAUGAAAUGUUUUUAGCCCAGCACAAGUCGUUCGGAACGAUUUUGCGAACUUUUAAGAAUUCGCAUUUGCCGCUCUUGCACUUAUAACGCGACUACUUUUCCUGCAACUAUCAAUUUGCUUUGGAACUCAACUUGUUGUUCGAGCAAAGCGAAAGUUUGAAGUGCAACGUUUUGUUGUUUCUACUUAUGUAAUUUCAGACGAUAACCCGAAAUCUCACGCAGCUCAUAAGUGCUCAUUUAAGUUUUUCCCCGGUCAAAUUCUGCUUUAUUCUUCACUGUGUUAGCGUAAAUAUUUUGCAGAACUAAAAGCGAUUAACUACUGUGGAAACUUGUUUCUGCCUCAAACUUAAAAAAUAAAAAAAAACGUAAUCUAACUAUUUAGAUUUGUUUCUCACAAUUCUGCCUUUUUCGUAGUAUGGCAAGUCUGAAUUGUGAGAUAGAAAAGCUGCAAUUAUUUCUUUUUUUAUUCCGUGGCAGAAAAAAAAAAAGAAUUUUGAGAUAUAUAACUCAAGAUUUUUUUAAUCACAAUUGAGACUUUAAAUCUCUCAAUUCUUUAGUUUAUAUCUCGCAAUUGUUUUUUGUUUCUGCCACAGAAUAAAAAAUAAAGGUAAUUGCAAUUUUUUUUUUUAUCCUUAUCUCACAAUACUGACUUUCUUUGUCGAAUUUUAUAUAUCACAAUUCAAAACAUUGUUCUCAGAAUUACAAGUUUUUAACAAUUUUGUAGUUUAUAUGUUAGUUUAUACAUUUAGUUUCUAAACAGCCACAAUUACUUUGUUACUCUCACAGUUGAGUUUAUAUCUCAUAAUUGUGUUUUUUUUGUUUCUGCUAUGGUAUAAAAAUUAAAAAAAAAAAAAUUAUAAUUGCAACUUUUUUUCAUAUCUUGCAAUUCUUUAGUUCUUAGAUUAUAUAAUUAGACAAAAAAGUUACUUUUUUGUAAUUCCGUCGUACAAAAAAAGUUGUUUUUUGUUACCACUGUGGAAUAAAAAAUAAAAAUAUGUAAUUGCGAUUUUAGAUGUCCACAUAUUUUACAUUUCUAGUUAGAGUUAGAUUGUAUAAUUAGUUUAUAAAAAGUCACAAUUACUUUUUUUACUUUAUUCCGUGCACAAAAAAAGAAUUGUGAGAUAAAAUUUUGUUUAUAUCUCACAGUUGUUUUUUUUGUGCUUCUGCCACAGAAUUGAAAGUUGCAAUUAAUUUUUUUUUUUGCAAUUUAGAUUUUUUUUUUCUCACAAUUCUUUCAUUUUUUUGUCUUAGACAAUAUAAUUAAUUUAUAAAAAGCCGUAAUUACUUUUUUUUAUUCCAUGCACAAAAAAAGAAUUUUGACCAAAAAAUAUUCCUUUGCGAGUUUAUAUCUCGCAAUUCUGACUCUUCUUUGCAAUAGCAAGUUUAUAUCUAACAAUUCUUUCGUUUUUGUCUUAGACAAUAUAAUUACUUUAUAAAAGACAAAAGAAUUGCGAAACAAAAAAGAACUGUGAGAUAAAAUUUCGUUUAUAUCUCGCAAUUUUUUUUUGCUACUGCCACAGAAUAGAAAGUCGCAAUUACAUUUUUUAUGUUUUAUUGCAAUUUCGAUUUUUGUUUUCGCAAUUCUUUCGUUUUUGUCUUAGACAAUAUAAUUUUUUAAUAAAAAGUCGCAAUUACUUUUUUUACUUCAUUCUGUGCACAAAAAAAUAACUGCAAGAUAAAAUUCCUUUGCAAGUUUGUCUCACAAUUCCGACUCUUUUUUCGCAAUAGCAAGUUUAUAUCUAACAGUUCUUUCGUUUUUGUCUUAGACGUUACAGUUACUUUAUAAAAGACAAAAAAUUGCAAAACAAAAAAGAAUUGCGAGAUAAAAUGUAGUUUAUAUAUCACAAUUGUUUAUUUUUUUUUGAAAGUCGCAAUUACGUUUUUUUAUUUUUAAUCGCAGUUUUGAUUUUUUUCUCACAAUUGUGAGUUUAUCAGUUCUUUUCUUUUCAGAAUUUAUACCUCAUUAACUGUAAGACAUAAGCUCAUAAUUACGAGGAACAAAAGCCGAAUUGUGAGAUAAAAAGUCACAAUUACCUUUUUAUGUUUUUUUUUUUUUUUUUUACCACCACGUUUCAAACUCCAUCCUGAAGAAAACGACUUGUCCAGUUCUGAAUGUUUUAACGUGUGGUUUUGGCAGUAUCUGCCGUCUUUUCUCCAGCAGCUUUGAUGCACUUUCUAAUUGGCCGGACUUGGCGCUUACGACCAGAACACUUUCAGAUUCAGUGCCGAUUUUGUGGCUGUAAAGGUCGGAGAAGCAAA